UGACAGAAUCAUUGUCAUUGUGGCUGUGCCUCUCAAUCGGACGACGGUCAAUGUGCGCUCAGGCGGCCAUGUUGGAGUCUGUGGUCUAGGACUGCCGGCUAUAACCUGGUCGUGGGCGGGCGGCCUACUCGACGACGCUGCCCCACGCCGGACUCAGAUUUGGGUUGGCUGGCUUGGCUGCGAGGCGCAGUGUCCGUCUGACACACACACUCGCUCCAGGUCUCGCGACUUGGGCGCUUCUGUGAGCUGACAUUCCCAUUGAAAAGAUGCACUCUUUUGGUAUGCAUUUUAUACAGACAAAUCAAUUUCAGAUUAUGAUGCCAAAUUUCUUUUCAAACAUAAUAGAUGUAGAAGACGUAAAAUUUGUAAUCAAUUUUGACUACCCGUCCAAUUCCGAAGACUACGUGCACCGUAUUGGUCGCACGGGGCGUUCGCAACGCACCGGAACAGCCUAUACAUUUUUCACACCAGCAAACGCCAACAAAGCGGCCGAUUUGGUGUCCGUUCUCAAAGAAGCCAAACAAGUUAUCAAUCCGAAACUCCAAGAAAUGGCCGACAAUCGCAACUGGAGCUCGAACGGCAGUUCAGGUCGAGGGCGCAGUCGUUGGGGCAGAGGCCGAGGCCACCAGCCCUCGCACAGGUCUGUCUCCCGCUCCAGGUCGCGGUCUCCUCGCAGAGGAAGACGCGACAGAAGUCGAUCGAGAGACAGAAAUAGGAGAAAGAAGUCGCGUAGCACAAGCAGGGACCGCAGUCCUCCCCGUAAUAGCAAAUCAGCACCCUCUCAACAGCCCCCUCCACAACCCUUGAUGUCGUAUCAAAAUAUCCCGCCACCGAAUACAUUCACAUACUCUUUGUCCAAUGGAUCGAUGUUCUUUAAUGCACCGCCCCCACCGCCACCCACACAGGGUGUCACAGGGUUGUAUUACAACUACACAGCGCCGCCUCCAGCACCUCGUUGAUGUGAGGGUUGGUUUACUGCGGUACCUGACGAUGGUGUGGAAAUUGUCCUCUUGGUUAAAUAAUCUCGGUUUUUGUAUUAUGUAAAUAUUACAGAUAUUUAUUUUAACUUGACUAGGUUAGAUGGGGUGAUUAUUAAAAAUUGUGUUCAUCGUCGGACUGUCAAACUCAAAUGUCAAAAUUUUAUACUCAACAGGAAGGCCAAUAGUGUUGCCAAUGGAUUUUUUUGACACAAUAUUUUAUAGUCACCCGGUAUUUUACAUGAUGAUUAAUUGUACUGUUCUAAUAUUUUAAGACGUCUAUUGAUUCUCUGUCAAUUAUUUAUUUCAUACUUUUGCAGUAAUAAAAUAGCUGUUUUAGUUGAAA